GGACGAGCCGACGUGUGGGGGGCCGGAGCGUUCUGGAAAUCCUAAAUUAAAUCAUCUGCAAUCUGCAGCAAUCGAUAGAAGAGGUGGGUGCUCGAGGGGGUGAAACUCUGCGGAUUUUUAAACAGCAAGGCAGACGAAAAUUGUUACAUUACACCAACAAAGAAUUUUUUUAUUUCUCAUUUUAGAACCGAAAUUUUUACAGAAAUAGAUACAAUUUAUUACCAUCGUCCUAAUAAAAGAAUUUACUUGCUGUGUAAGCUGACUUUUUUUAAACAUCUAGGUCUCAUAAUCUCACCAAAAUUUGUCAAAAUUAUAACUACGAGGCGCUAUUCGAGCUGAAAAGUCACUCGAGACGAGACACAUUUAACGAUUUUUUUUGCAACCAGUUAAUUGACAAUGACAGUUGUAACUAUACUUUUUCGAACAAAAACUUUGGCGCCAUCAAACCUCCACAGCAACUAUUUCCUCAGCAACCGUAUAAACAAAGAAAUGUCGGCAAAUAUUACCUACAAAAAUUAACAAAUGUCUAAACCAACAACCAUAAAAGAUGCAAUAAAAAAAUGGGAAGAAAAACACCCAGGACAAAAUAUUUCAGAGACUGAAGACGUUGGCUUCCAGUUUCAGUGGCCACCCAUAGAGAAAAUGGACAAUUCUUUGUCCGCACUUACUAAAUGCAGGAAAUUAAGUUUGUCUACAAACAUGAUUGAAAAAAUUGCAGGCAUCAGUUCAUUAAAAAAUUUGAAGAUAUUAUCACUGGGUAGAAAUUACAUUAAGUCGUUUGCAGGACUGGAGGGAGUAGGGGACACUUUAGAGGAACUCUGGAUUUCAUACAACUUUGUUGAAAAAAUGAAAGGCGUGCACGUUUUAAAAAAACUAAAAGUUUUAUAUAUGAGCAACAACAUGGUGAAGGAAUGGAGUGAAUUUAUGAAACUCCAAGAUGUACCAAUGUUAGAAGAUCUACUUUUUGUUGGGAAUCCUCUCUAUGAAAACAUGGAGGAAUCAGUGUGGAAACAAGAAGCCAUUAAAAAACUCCCCAACUUGAAAAAAUUAGAUGGUGAACCCGUUGUGCGUGACGAAGGUGAUUAA